AUGGAGGUUGAGCCAAUCCCAGCAUUUUUGGCCGCACAACGCGAAAUUGACGAGCAAAUCCGGGGGCUGCGUAGUCGAAGAAACGCUCUCGCUCCAGUCUCCAGCCUGCCGGACGAGAUCCUUUGCCAUAUCUUCCAGGCGUACAUCGCAGGAGCCAGGACGGACAGCAGAUGGCAUUCGAUGACGACGCGAAUCACGGGGAUAUGUCGUCGUUGGCGGUCAGCAGCUCUGGAAUAUCCAGAGCUAUGGUCUACAAUACAUAGUUGGAUGGGUCCAACAUCGCUGGAAUCAACCAUAGCAAGGUCGAAAGAUGCGCCUGUCUCCGUUACCGUUAGCACGGAGGGUUGGACUACUUUAGAUCCCAGGAGGCAUCAGUUGAUUGCUGGGGUGCUUGCACAGACAUAUCGACUUGUUAACCUUCGCCUUGGAGUUAACCUUCAACUCCUGGACGGUCUCCUUCGUCUUCUCGAUUCGCCUGCCCCGCAGCUUGAAAAACUCACUGUCGAGCCGAAAGGUCUCGGAGAAGCAGAGGCUGUCGACCUUCCACUGUCGUUAUUUGGAGGAGAAGCGCCUCGCCUCCGUGACCUCAGCCUAGUCGAGUGCUAUCCUCCAUGGACCUCGCCCAUUCUGCAAGGACUGACUUCGUUAAACAUCACAUUUCCGUGUAUUGAUUCCCCGGUCCCUCCUCACGACAAGCUCCUCGCCACUCUGAAAAACCUACCCCGCCUGGUAAACCUGACUCUCUGGAUGAACUUCCCCGACCUCGACCAACCAAGUUCGGCAGACCAAGUGGCGAAGCUGCCUUCACUCAAGAGGCUGGAAAUCGCCAGCAAUACGGGAGGCUUUGCUGGUCUCCUGCAGACCAUCAGGAUUCCACUGGAAGCCUCCGUCAAACUCCUCGGCUAUGAGACAGCUGAGGAAGAUUUUGCUGCACUGCGCGCAGGCCUUUGGUCGGCGUGGCUGUCUAGCCCGCUCUCUGGAUCUCAAUUGACCCCAGUUGGGUCACGAGCCAGUCCCAUCCGGUCCCUUUGGAUCAAGGAAGGAGGGGCGGGCCUUUCCGUCUACGCCGAAAUUCAGGGCUGGUCAGAGGCGGUAGAUAUGAGCCGAGGGUCGAAACCUCCAGAGCAGGGCCCAGCUUUAAGCAUCUACACUGAACUCCCAGACGAUGUUAUGUUCCGAUCGACGUCGAUAUCGCAAGCCAUCGAUCGACAUGCUGCAUCCGCUUUACCACUCGAAGACGUGCGCUCCCUGCGAGUCCAAUCCCAACUCGAUGAUUGGGCUCCGGUCCUCCGACGAUUAUCAUCAGUGCAGCAAUUGUACGUUGGGCGUUUAGGAGCGUCCAGAGCGAUCGGUGCUCUCGCUCUCGCUGCUUUCAACAGCAACCGUGCAGAUGAGACCAGCCCUGGAAACACGGAUCCCCUCCACCUCCCCAAACUCGAGACCCUUUGCCUCCACCUCGAUUUUUUAACGAGUGUAACAUCCCCCAUCGAAGAUCCGAUCGCAAACUUGAUAUAUUUCGCGGAAUAUCGAAACAGAAAGGGAGCUAGAAUCAAGCACCUGUCGUUUUCAACUAGCACGGAGUGUUCGAAUGAGGACCUGGAAAGAUUGGGAGGAGUGGUUGACAAGGUCAAUAUUGUUCCUCCAUGGGAGGGACUACGGUAUGGGUUCGUCCUGACAGACGACUUUGACGACUUUGCGGAAGAUGGUCCAGUAAUGCCAGGGGGGCUUGGUUGA